AAACGCCGCGAGAGAUUCCGGCAAUCAUGCAAUGGUACGCUCUACCACAAGCGAUGACUUUGAGAGCGACUUAUCAGCCUCACCGGAUCCAUGACGAGUAGCAAGCAGUUCAAUGUCGCCGUCGUCGGCUAUGGCAUGUCAGCAAAAGUCUUCCACAUCCCACUCGUCCUUGCGUUGCCGUCCGACUUCAAGCUCUAUGGCAUAGUCCAACGGUCUUCAAAGCCAACCGACGAUGCGGCGAAGGUCCACCCCAACGCCAAAGUCUGGCGUUCCGUCGAUGAAGUGUACGCGGAUCCGGCCGUAGACCUCGUCGUCAUCACGAGCAUUCCAGCAACUCACUACCCAAUGUGCAAAGCGGCGCUUGAAGCAGGCAAGAACGUCGUAGUCGAGAAACCUUUCGUACCCACCACAAAGGAAGCCGACGAGCUUAUAGACAUCGCACACAAGAGCGGCAAGCUCUUAACAGUAUACCAAAACCGCCGCUGGGAUGCGGACUUUCUCACUCUGCAACAAGUCCUUGCCGAAGGCUCCUUAGGCGACAUCGCGGAGUUCGAGACACACUAUGACCGUCAUCGUCCCGAUCCACCGCCAGCCACCUGGAAGGCGAAAGCCGAGCCUGGCCAUGGAAGCAUCUUCGACUUAGGCACGCAUUUGAUAGAUCAAGUGUACCAUCUCUUCGGAAUGCCGCAGAGUGUUACCGGCAUGCUAUGGAAUCAGCGGCGCGUGGUGCAGGGUGGUGCGCCUGACAGCCAUACGUUGCUGCUCAGGUACGACAACGGAAUGCUCGUUACGGUCAAAGCUGGAGUUGUCAGUCCGGAGGUGGAGCAACUCCAUUACUGGGUGCGUGGCACCAAGGGUAGCUUCAAGAAGUUCCACGUAGAUGAGCAGGAGGAUCAGCUGAAGGCUGGCAGGGGGCCGGGCGACGAGGGCUUUGGCGUUGAUCCGGAGUACAAGUAUGGUACGCUGACGACUUUAGUUGAUGGCAAGUUGGAGCGGAAGACGUACCCGACUGUUAAGCCACUACUGUAUGUAGAGUUUUACCGACAGCUUGCGAAGGCCUUGAGGCAGGAGGGCAAGGUGCCGGUAAAGCCAGAGGAUGCUAGAGAUGGUUUGAGGAUCAUCGAGGCGGCGCAACAGAGCUCGAGAGAAGGUCGGACAAUCACGCUAUAGCUCACUCGUCAGUGGAGUAAAUCUCGCACACAGCGAGUUGUGUUGCAUGAAGAGCUUGUGCUUCGGUUGAUCUCUUGAGUCGUUAUCGUACAUCUCUGGCUUGUGAGAUGCACCCAAUGUAUCUAUGCAUGUUAUUUACAGUGCCACCAAAGACGCCGUCCAGGAUACACCAAAGUCCAUAUUCCGUAUCAUGCCGCUGAUGUGGGCAUACUGUACAAUGCUUGAACGCUCAAACGAAGAAACCUGAUCCGGUAGUGCUGUUAAGCGGACCUAGUUGCAGAUACGCUGGCAAGGCGACAUUACCAGCCGAGGUCGCAUUGCCGCUGUUCAUUGUGCCGUCGCUUGUUGCCGUGCCAUUGUACAAAGCCGUUCCGUUGUAUGCAGCCGUGUUAUUGGAGGUGAAAUUGCCAAACCAAGUCAUGUUCGCCAUAUUCGCAAAGAUCGUGACCGUUUUCAAGAUCAA